AUGUUUUCCAAUAGCAAAUAUGAACUAUUAGAUAGUGGCUCAAAUUAUGCUAACAAUAGCAAAAAUAAAAAUAUUAAUAAUAAUUUGUCUGUACCGCGGCCUACUAGUUCUACAACGAUUGUCCCAUCUGAAAAUAUUACUAUUAAUACCGAUGAUAAUAAUAAUAAUAAUAAUAAUAAUGGGAUUACUUCUAAUAAAGUGAAAAAUAUUGAAAUUCCAUCAUCUAAUUCAAACAGAGGGGGUGUGCAUCCAUUAUUGAUAAAUAGACGUAAUUCUACAAUUAAAAAUACUCCUAUAGUGGCAAACUUAGGUAAGAGUGUAGACUCUCAUGUUUUUGUAAGUAUUCAUUCACCAAAUUUUAGAACAAGUCAAGAUGGUCAUCAAGAAGAAAUAAUGAAUAGCGUUAGAGAAAAUUAUUUAAAUAAUACACAGAGGAAAAAUAGUAUGGGUUUAAACAGUAAUACUGGUAGUUUGAAAUCAGAUUCUAUAACUUUAAGAACGCAGUCUCCUGCACGAGUUGUUACAGAUGAUGAGAACCCUCCAUUAGGAGAAACUGCUUCUGAAUUAGACGAUCCAAGUUUAAAGAGUACAGGAGGUGAUAUUUUACGUGAUAUCUAUAAGAUGACAAAUCACCCUUCUGAUUCAAAUUUAAAGAGACAAAAGAGUACCGAUGACGUUCGUUUAACAAUGGAAAGUAGAAGAAGACAAUCAGCUGCUGGAGGGUUGAAUGUUCCAGGUGGAUUUAGAAGAGAAUUCAUUGUGAAAAAAGUUAGAACAAAGAGUACCAAUGUUCAGAGUAAUAUAUCGUCAAUUAGAAAUGAUUAUGGAACGAGUAGACCAGGAACACCUAGACCAUCUACAACUGGUACUAGUGCUGUAGUAUUAUCAUCGUCAUCAUCAGUGGCCGUAUCGGAUGCACACCCUACGGUGGAUAGAGAAUCAAAUCAACCAAUUGAACAACCUUCAGAAGUUCCAUUCUUAACGAAAAAUUUUAUGGAAUUCCUAUACCUAUAUGGACAUUUUGCAGGUGAAUCCUUUGAAGAUGAUUUCUUCGAUGACUCUGGUAGUAACCCAUUAGAUGGAUAUGAAAAUAAUAAUAGAAAAGAAGAAAGUUCUCCAUUAAUACCAUUAGGAAGUACAGAAGCAGUUACGAAGUCUCAAGUCUCGAGUAUGAAAGGUACAGCUUCACCAUCGAAAGUAUUUCUCUUAUUGAUGAAAUCCUUUGUGGGGACCGGUGUAUUAUUUUUACCACAGGGUUUCCAUAACGGUGGUUUAACUUUAUCAAUAUUCUUAUUAAUAUUUUUUGGUGGUUAUUCCUAUUGGUGUUAUUAUAUCUUAAUUCAAUCUAAAGUUUAUACAAAAGUUGCCUCAUUCGGUGAUAUUGGUCUAAAGACAUAUGGACCCUGGAUGAAAUUUGGUAUAUUAUUAGCUUUAGUUCUAACACAAGUUGGGUUUUCAGCAGCAUAUAUGAUAUUUACAGCAAAGAAUAUUGGUGCCUUCUUACAAAAUGUCUUUAGAGUUGAAAAUUUAAAACUAGGUUAUAUUAUGUUAUUCCAAUUAAUAGUAUUCAUUCCAUUGUCAUUCAUUAGAAAUAUAUCGAAAUUGUCAUUACCAUCACUUUUUGCUAAUUUUUUCAUCAUGAUUGGAUUAAUCAUUAUUUUAUUCUUCACUAUGAAACAUUUAUUUAUUACAUUGGAUAUGAAACCUGCAGAAGGUGUCAUAUACGGUGUAAAUGGUAGUAGAUGGACAUUGUUUGUAGGGACAGCCAUUUUCACUUUUGAAGGUAUUGGCUUAAUUAUUCCUGUUCAAAACUCUAUGAAAAAUCCAGAAAAAUUCCCAUUAGUUCUUGGUCUAGUAAUUAUUACAGUUACUCUAUUAUUUGUAACUGUAGCAGUCGUUGGUUAUUUGUCAUACGGUUCAAAAGUAGAAACUGUGAUCCUAUUAAAUUUACCUCAAGAUAAUAUUACAGUCAAUCUUAUUCAAUUGUUUUAUUCUAUUGCCAUUAUGUUAUCAACACCAUUACAAUUAUUCCCAGCAAUUAAGAUUAUAGAAAAUAAAGUAUUUGCAACAGGUGGGAAAUUUAUCUUAAGGACUACUAUGGGUGAAAGAGCUGUAAGACAAUUUACUGAAUCCGGGAAAUCAAACUGGAAAGUGAAGUGGACAAAGAACCUUGGAAGAACUUUCAUUGUGUCUACUGUUGUAUUAACAGCUUAUUGUGGUGUAGACUCAUUGGAUAAAUUUGUGUCCAUUAUAGGUUCAUUUUGUUGUCUUCCGUUAGUCUAUGUCUUCCCAGCUCUUUUACAUUUAAGAUGUUGUUCAUCGGCACGAGAAAAUGGAGAUGAUAGUAAGAAAACGAGAUUCUUAAUCAUAGUUGAUCAAGUCUUAGUCCUGUUCGGUAUAAUAAGUAUGGUAUAUACAUCCUAUCAAAGUAUAUUUACGUAA